GGACAACAUAACGACUUGACCAUUUUUAAAAGUAAAGCAAGCGGAGCAUUUCAAGUAGCUGGUAAAGCACCAGUAGCCAUGGCUUUAUUGAUGCGCUUGUGUCAGCGGAGCUGUUCUACAAAGCUCAAGGAUCAUCAAGCGGCACUGAUGGCCCGCAGUUUACCUAAACGGCAAGCACUGCCCGGCGUCAACAACAUAAUUGUUAUAGCAUCAGGAAAAGGUGGUGUAGGCAAAAGCACUGUAGCAGCAAAUUUCGCUUGCAGUUUGGCCAGGUUAGGAGCGCGAGUAGGUUUGUUGGACGGUGAUAUAUUUGGUCCAAGUAUUCCACUGAUGAUGAACCUCCACAGCGAACCUCGAGUCAAUGACAAAAAUCAAAUUAUACCGCCACAGAACUAUAAUGUGAAGUGCCUGUCAAUGGGCAUGCUUACGCCGCCUGAUGGUGCAAUUAUAUGGCGCGGUCCGUUGGUAAUGUCAGCCAUACAGCGCCUGCUUAAAGGCGCCGAUUGGAGUCCGUUGGAUGUGCUGGUCGUAGAUACGCCGCCUGGCACUGGUGAUGUGCAUCUCUCACUAACACAACACACACCUAUUACAGGUGUCCUCUUAGUCAGCACACCGCACAAGGCAGCCAUCGAUGUCACAAUUCGUGGAGCUGAGAUGUACCACAAACUGAAAGUACCGAUCCUUGGCUUGGUAGAAAACAUGCGUUAUUCCAUCUGUGAUAAUUGCAAUCAUCACAUCGAGUUUUUCAAGCCUCGAACUGAAUCUUCACAUCCGAAGCUGCCAGAGACGCUCAUCUCAUUGCCUUUAGACUCACAUAUAGCCGAUUGCGGCGAGUCGGGCACACCUGUUGUUAUUAAGCAUCCAGACUCUGAACACGCCAAGCUCUUCAAUAAACUGGCGCUUCAGGUUUGGAGUACAUUGCAAGAGAAGCAAGAGACAAAUGAAACAGCUAAUGAUACAAAUAAAUAAUAGAAACUAAUAUUU